UAUCAUUAUUAUCCAUUUGUUAUAUGAAAAAACUGUCAACACCUAUUAAGCAUCACCAUAGCCGCAGCGAACAUCAAUUACCUACUAAAGAAAGGUUAUUUCCUUUACAUCGUUCUAUCACUGAGGAUGAUCACUAUAAUCAAGAUCAUUCUUCACCCAUAACCAAAUUUGUACGCAAACUAUUAGGUUUAAGUAGACCUGCAAGACCCAAACCAUGUCAUAAAUCACGCUCAACCACAUCUAUCACUCGAAGUUCAGUCAUUUCUUCUUACCAACCAGACAAAUCUUCCAAAAUUGAACAUUGCUCUAUUGAGCCUAGAAAACCAACUACAAUCAAGAUUGUCACACCAAAUGAGUGCACCCUAUCUACUUUUGUCAUGGACUGGGACCGACAAAGUUUACCAGAUAGUAGCUUAAUAAGAGGUGAAGAUGAUCAUUGUUCUACUACUACUACCUCUUCUUGUCUGGCUAACAGUGUCGUUACAAGUGACAAUAGUUCGCUUUCUGAUGCUCUAUCAGACACGAAUAAACCUUCUUCAGCUGCUAUUGACGCCCUUGUGAAUGUAAAUUUGUCACACACAAAAAGAAACGAUGAAUUUGAGAAUAUGCCAAAAAUAAACUUGUUUGGUAGGGGGCAUGACACUGCACCUGUCAUGACAGAGUCAAUAGCUGACAUGAUUCGUCCAUAUAUUCCCAGACGAUUCCGAAUUGCACAAAACUGGAACUUGCUCUACAGUCUAGAUCAGCAUGGAACAAGUCUAGCCACAAUAUAUUCCCUUAUGAGAGAUGUUGAUGACCCAUGUAUGAUGAUUAUCAAAGACGCAGAUGAACAGAUAUUUGGGGCUUAUUUGAGCAACCCUUUGAUACAACAAAGUCAUUAUUAUGGAACAGGUGAAUGUUUCCUAUGGAAAUUAGCAUCGCAGCAAAAGCAACAAGCAAUGCCCAAAGUAAAAGCCUUUUCUUGGACUGGUAAAAAUGACUAUAUGAUACUGUCGGGUACUAAUUUUAUUGCUAUUGGGGGAGGAGAUGGUAAAUUUGGGUUGUGGAUAAAUUCAGAGCUGCAUGAUGGUUAUAGUGAUACAUGUCCUACUUUUGACAAUGAAAUUCUGUCACUUAAGCCUGAAUUUAAGUGCAUGGAAAUGGAAAUAUGGGGAUUGUGCCUGUAAAG